AUGAGGCAAACCAUUAUAGCCUGGAGAGAUUUGACCUUUUUCCGUCCACAACCACUCUUUAAGAAGUUUUCCGCUAAUGAAUCAUCACCUAUUCUAAACAAUUUAAAUGGCUCUUUUGCUUUUGGCACACUGAACGCCAUUAUGGGUGUGAGUGGUGCAGGAAAAACUACCUUUCUUCGAAUCCUCAACGGUCAGCAUCACAAUCAAUUGAGUGAAAACAGUCAGUUGUUUCUCAGUAAUCUCUGUCCGAUUUCUACGGUUUUCAUUACACAAGACGUAUCUAAUCAUCUGAUGAAAGGACUAACGGCAAAACAGAUGUUGAUUUAUGCCUCAAAACUAAAAAAUGUUAAUCAUCAAAAUGUGGACCACGAAUCGAUUGCGCUGAAACUGCUUGAUGAGCUAAAUUUAGCCGAUACUAUUGAUACAAAAGUAGAAAACUUGUCUGGUGGCGAAUGCAAAAGACUGGCAACAG